GGGCAGAGAAGGGAGAGCAGCCAUAAGGCAAGAAGAUUUGCAGGGGCUCGGUCCAUGGGAUCAUCGCGAGGAUGUUGAAGUUGCAUGGAGUUCUUCACAGAUUGCUACAUUUGCCAUCCCGUCAGGAGAGAAUUGGGUGCAACUCUUCCAGCCUUGCUGUUGCACAAGUCCCAGUUAAGUGGAUUUUCAAGUUGGCUUGAAAAGAGACCUGAACAACCCAGCAGAAGAAUGUUUCAUGUUGUUCAUUAUCGGCCUUUAAGACUAAUAACUCAAAACAUUCUUCCUAGCAUGUGUUUAAAACUCAUGCUUUCAAGACCUGCUGCAUUUGCACAGAUAUAUAAGUCAAGGUUGUCAAGCCAUUCUCUUGUCGGAAACAAAAAUAUUAUCCUGAUGGGACCACCGGGUGCUGGGAAAACAACAGUUGGGAGAAUAGUAGGUCAGAAACUUGACUGCCCUGUCAUAGACAUAGAUGACGAUGUCCUUGAAGCAACGUGGAAUAUGAGUGUGUCGGAAAAACUGCAGGAUGUGGGUAACGAGCAGUUUGUAGAGGAGGAAGGAAAAGCCCUGUUGAAGUUUUCAGCAUCUGGAAGUGUCAUUUCCCUUACUGGGUCUAAUCCAAUGCAUGCUGCUGGCAUGCAACAUAUAAAGAAAAAUGGUAUAGUUGUAUAUCUGGAUGUGCCCACAACAGUCAUUAUGAGCAGGCUGAAAUCAAUGAAAGUGGAUCGCAUCGUGGGCCAGUCUCCUGGUAUUUCUCUCAAGAACAUACUUCAGUUUAGGAAGCAGUUCUACAGAAGGUGGUACGACAUCCGUGUUCUUUGUGGAGGGGAUAUUGCAGCAGAAGUUGUAGCAGAAAAGGUGCUUCAUGCUGUGAAGAGAUACCAAAACUCAGAACUGGAAACUUUCAUUUCAACUAGGUCUAGCAGGUCUGGAAGGAGUAUGGAAAAAGGCUCUAGUAAAUAUUUCGGUGACGUUGUUACUGAGGGCUUAGCUCCUGAUGGAGGACUCUUUGUUCCAGAGGGAGGCCUUCCAAAGUUCACUGCUGGAGAAUGGCAAAGCCUAAUAGAAGCAACUUAUGUUGAAAGAGCCCAGGUGAUACUAGAAAGAUGCAUACAUCCUGCGGAUAUUCCUGCUUCUGCACUGGCAGAAAUUAUUGGAACUGCUUAUGGAGAAAACUUUACUUGUUCUAAAGUUGCCCCAGUUAGGCAUCUGGUAGGCAAUCAGUUUCUCCUCGAGUUAUUUCAUGGACCAACAGCAUCAUUCAAAGAUUUUGCAUUACAGAUUGUGCCACAUAUAUUUGCAUACUGCAUUCCCAGAAGCUGCAAUUACUUGGUUCUGGUAGCUACUUCUGGUGACACAGGGAGUGCUGUCCUAGAUGGCUUUAGUCGUCUCCAUGACACUGACAAACAGAGAAUUGCUGUGAUUAAUUUUUUUCCUGAGGAUGGAGUAAGCCCAAUUCAAAAAUCACAGAUGAUUGGCAGUCAGAAAGAAAAUGCCUGGUCAAUAGGUGUGAAAUCUGAUUUUGACUUUUGCCAGACAGCUAUAAAGCAAAUCUUUACUAAUUCUGAUUAUACUGGCUUUCUUACAGUAGAAUAUGGAACAGCUUUGGCUGCAGCAAACUCCAUAAACUGGGCACGACUCCUUCCUCAGAUAGUUUAUCAUGCAUCUGCAUACCUUGAUCUUGUUCGUCAAGAGAUUAUUCCUUUUGGAAGCCCCGUAGAUGUUUGCAUUCCUACAGGAAACUUUGGCAACAUAUUAGCUGCUUUGUAUGCUAAAUUGAUGGGAAUUCCUAUUAGAAAAUGUAUUUGUGCUUCCAAUGAAAACAAUGUUUUGACUGACUUCAUAAGAACAGGUGUGUAUGAUUUGAGGGGAAGAAAAUUAAUUCCCACUUUUUCACCUGCAGUAGACAUUUUGAAGUCCUCCAACCUUGAGCGAUACUUGCACCUGAUUGCUAAUGAGAAUGGACAAUUAGUGACACAAUUCUAUAACCAGCUGGAAAAUCAGGGCCACUUCCAGCUACAGAAUGAUUUACUUGAAAAGCUGCAGCAAGACUUGGUGGCUGGAUGGUGCUCUGAGGAGGACUGUCUAGCUGCUAUUCACUCUGUAUACAGCACUACAGGAUAUAUUUUGGAUACACACACAGCUGUUGCUAAAGUAGUUGCAGAUCGAUUGCAAGAUAGAACUUGCCCAAUUAUUAUUUCAUCUACGGCUCAUUAUUCUAAGUUUGCACCUGCUAUCUUGAAGGCCUUGAGGAUUGCAGAAAUAAACCAGAAUCCAUUAAGUCAGCUUCACUUGCUGAGUUCUUACAGCCCUCUGCCUCCAGUCCACUGGGGCCUUUUAGAGACCCUGAAAAAGAAGGGGAAUGAGGAUCACCAAGUCUGUGCUGCUGAUAUGAGUAUGCUGAUGUCCCGAAUAGAAACCUUAAUUCAAAAUCAUUUUAUGAAAGUUUUCUGAGCAACUGAUCAGAGGUCCACUGUGUCAACUGAGAUACCUUCUCAACAAUCUGUAUGUUCUAAUAAAGUCACAAUUCAUUUAGCCUGUGUUCAGUCCACAGCACAACGCCGGAGUUGUAUACUUUAAGUUUUCAACAAUGUUUGUAAGUGGCACAUGUCUAGUAGUGGUGAAAGGUUCUGAUUUGACAGUAUAAAAGACUAGAAUACUUCUUUGCAGGUGGUGUGUAGUAGAGCAAACAGUAGAGCAGACUUUCCGUGAUAGUGCUGUCUCCUUCAUUAGUGCGAAGCAUCCUCCAUGGAAGGAGGAAGAUAAUGAAGUCUGACCUUUCUGAAACUAUUAGCUCUUGCUUUGUUGCAGGAAUGAUGUGAUCAUUUGGUCAGUAGGUUAUUAGUUAAACUUUAACUCUCUUGACUUAGGGCACUGAAACAGAAUAUAUUGUAAUGAUGUUCAUAUGUUACUAAUAAGGGUUGAUUUCACUACUAAGAUUCAAGUACACUUGUAUUGUUAGUCCUUCAACCAUUCUAUUUUGUGGUAUGUUAUCUCCUUGUAUAAUGUUUUUAUGUAUUGUGAGGCUAACAUUUAUGUAAAAAAAUCUGUUUGUUUUGUUUUUGAUGUGUUUUUUCCCCACCUAGAUAUUUUCCUGUGUAAAAUAGAAUCCUUAAUUCAAUAUUUUUAAUAAUUUCUGAGAUAUGACUCUUCCUCCAAUAUGUUAUUGUCGCUUUCCUAGGUCUUUUCUAUAUGAUCAUUCAACUUAGAAACCUGUUUUAAUAACACAGAAGAAUUUGCUAGUAAUAGCAGUAGUAUCCUUAAAUAAGAACCAGACUUCACCUUUUAUUUACAUUUAUUUCUUACAUUCUUAAGUUUUUAGAAUAUAUUUUACUUUAGAGGUCAUAUAGCUCUCUUGUUCUAAUUCUGUUUUCAUGUUUUUCUUGAAUUAAUUUCCUUGACAUUCUAUUCUGCUCAUAGUUUGCAUGAAUUAGUAUAAGAAAGAAGCUUCCUAAAAUUCUUGGCUUCUUGUCAAAGAGAGUGAAGGAUGAACUCCAGUGUCUAGGAAGUGUGAUAGCAUCAGAGGUAUUAAUUGUGUAACAUAAAAUAGAUCUGUGUUAGCGGUUGGGUUUUGCUAAUAACAGGGUCUUUAUUUUUUUUGCAUCAGGAAGAAAUAGAGCAGAUUGCCCUAGGACAUUACGUGGUUGUGGACAGACUUACUCUGCUAACUGUAGAUUAUAUUUGGCAAGGUGUAAAAUAUAAUUACAUUUCAUACUAAGAGAACUGAUAAAAUUAUGUAUUGGCAAGUUUUGAAUGGCAUGUGGUUACAGGUAAAGAGCUGAGAGUCAUUGGAUGUGAGGGUGUAUAGUUAUGGGAGGUUGUGGUUCCCACCAAGUUAUAAAUAGGGAAAGUAUUGCCAAGAAAGGUGGUAACUGAUAACAUUUUUUUCCCUCUUAGAGAAGCAAUAUCUCCUAGAUGUCAGGACUCAUUUGGAGCUUUGAACUAUUGCCAUAUCCCUCAGCUUCCUCUGGGUGUCUAUACUUUGUGCCACAUUAGAGAUGAAGAAGGCACCGUCUAGUGAACUGUUUUAAGAAACUGUCACUUCUUCACUGCAAGGUAAAAGACCCAAGCAUGAUGUGCAUUUGCCACAGUGACCAUGUUAUACAAUAAAAUUACACGAGGCUGGUACCAAAGGUGUGACCCAAGAGCUUUCUAGAUUCUGCCAUUCUUGGCUGCCUUUUUAGGAUCUUCCUAGCUCUCUCUGCUUGAUCCUCAUUGACUAUUUCUGCAGUAACUUUGGAAAAUAAUUUUUUAUUUUUAUUUUCACAGCAUCAUAGGACAGGCCAGAUUGGAAGGGACCUCAAAACAUCAUCUGGUCCAACAUUUCCUGGGAAGGGGAGCCCAGAUGAGAUUAUCUUGCAUGCUGCCCAGUCAUGUCUUAAAAACCUCCCUCAAUGAGGACUCUACCAUGUUCCUGAGGAGGCUGUUCCAGCGAUUGAAUUUCUCACUGUGAAAAAUUUCUUUCUUAUAUCAAGAUUAAACUUUUCCUGGUGCAGCUUGUAGCCGUUUUCCGUUAUAAUCUCCAUGUGGCUCCUUGGGAAGAGAGAGCUUCCAUCCUCCUUCUAGCCACCAUUUAAGUACUGGAAAAUUCUGAUGAGGUGCCCUCUUCAUAGGCAGACGAGUUUUCAUCAUUUUCCAGACACAAAGAGAAAGACUAUAAAUUUUAAAAAAUAAUCAAAUUUCUGUAAGGAAAAAUUAUAUGAGAGUAUUGCCAAAAAAGCAUCAUUGCUUUUGUAGGUGAUAAAUGCACAUACACCUUGUAUUUCUAUGUUUCAGUCCAAUGCUUACAGUAGUCCCAAGUGGAAAAAAAAUUAAUUUCAUUGGAUAUGCUUAGUAUAAAAUCAGAAUUCUAAACCUUAAAAAACCCACAAAACCAAACCAACAAACAAACAAACAAAAAACCAAAAUAAAAACAAACUACUAAAUGACAAAACCCCAGAAACACUGAUCAAACCCAACUACCUGGAUAGAAUUGCUAGAAUGGGAAUUGGUUUCAGCAUAAGGACUCUGUGGAAAUCUUGCAGGACUUGGUUCCAUGGAGCUUAAUGCCAUUUGACAUGAUAGGACAAUUUGUGACAUGGUAUUAUAAUACUUAAUAGAAAUAUCUACAAAGAAAGGCUGGUUUUCAUAGGGAGUACCUAAAAGAGACAAGCUGACAUUCUAAACAAGAUUAGACUAGAAGUCAGUGUCCUGCCAUCAGUUAGCUCAUUAUUAGAUAAACCAGUCAGAACUAAACUAACUGAGGUUUUAUUUUGGCGUGACCCGAUAUUUUAAAGUUCAUGGCAGUAACUGAAGCUUGGUUUGAAGGAAGAAGUAUUAGUAAAAUAUUGCUAUUUUGAUAUAACACGAACCAUUAUAACAGAAUUGUGUAAGUAAAAAUAAUACAUACUUGUACUUCAGUAUGGUCUUUUAAUGUGGACCUAUCGUGUGAAAACGCAGAGGUUAAAGAGCACUUGCCAUAUUAGAACAUUUCUCAGAAUGUCUGCAGGCUUUUACCAUCCAGUAUUUACUAUUUUUUUAAAAUAAUUAAUUUUUGGACUUUCUUACAACUUCAGUGAGCUGUUUUUUUGUGCACUAUAUCUGCUUGUGACUUUCAGUAAUGGGCACAAUAACAUGCUGCAGUAGUGUUGUGAUCCUGGAUGUACACGGUUAUUUAUGACCAAGUGCUGAUGCCGUGUUGUGGUAGCUGCAAUGUGCCAUCUUCUGGCUUGCCUUGUCCUGCUGGGCCUGGAGGAAUGGAAGAGAAAACAAUUCCAGUGUACUCCUUGCUAUUGCUGGUUGCUGGGGGGGAGAGAAUAGUGAGGGAAGGAAUCCCUCUGCCUUCCCAGCCCAGCUUUUCUAAAUGUCAGUCAGCAAAAUACUGUGGUUCAACAAACAUUGUGCUGCUGUUGUUGCACCCCACUGUCAGUAUUAUAAAAGAUUCAGGGGGUGUUAAUGAUUAAGAGUGGACAAAACUGCUGUUUUUUUGUCUUUUGCUGACAUUGUCCAGUAUUGUCAUACAAUAUUUUGUAUUAACUUUUUAAGGCAAAAAUGGUGUGCUAACGAUGCACAAAAGAAAACCUACAUCGUGAUGUUUAGCAGGAUUCUUUAAGCCAUUUAAGCUUGGUGUACACAUAGUUUGCUGCUAUCUGUGUAAAGAUAGGAUGUUGCUGCCUAACUCAGUACAAGCCAGGUUUACAGAGAGUGUGAGCAUGCAUAUAUAGACACUUCCACUGGCUUUGUUUACCUGGAGUGAUAGCAUCACUUUAGUUACACUGUUACUCUUCCGUAUGGAUAAAUCUUUGCUGAACGCUGAUGCUACUUGUAAAACCUUAAGGACAAACGUCACAAAUAUAAGGGCAAAUGUAAUUUGUAUGUAAUUACACUUUUUAUUAUAAGAAUAUUCAUAUGGAAAUUUGUUUUUAUAGACUUACCAACUGGUCAUUACUUGCCUUUAGUCACAGUCCUGCUUCUCAGGGUAGCAGAGAGUGAUCUGAGGUAAAUGGUGAAUAAAGCAGACAGGGAAUACUUCGGAAGAUAGUUUUGUUUUCAUAGUAUCUUACAAUUUAGGAAGAAUUGCUGUUUAUGUUUUUGUGGUGAUGGACUAUUUUAACAGAACUUUAAAAGGGAAGAUUCUUGUUUUUCAAGAGAUCGAUUUUGCUCUUCAGGGACAUAAAGAACACACAUUGUUAUUAAGUGUAACAUGAUUGGCAUGCCUAAAAAAUGCAUUAGUCACUUGUGUCCACUAUAUUUUUUCUAAAUAAAUACUGUGGGAUCCACUCUGUAGCGCUUUCUUUGCAAAUAUAUUUGUAAAUCCUUAUCAAUGUGAUGUAAAGAAAAUCUUAAAUCUUAAAAGAUGUUCUGUCCUGUGUUAACUUGAAAGUUAGGUGUAUAGUAGAUCUAGUAAUUAACUUUUCUGUGUUUAACAAAUGUUAGUGAGAUAGUUCAUAUCAUCCUGAAAGGAACGUAUGUAUAAAAAAUAAAUCCACAUGAAAAAUAACAAA